AAGUCGGUUCGCGAGCUGUCAGCGCGGGCGGCAACGCAGUGGGGCGCGGGGUGGGCGCGGUCGAUCGGGUCCCCGACCCGACCCCCCGACCUCCCGCGCUCCCCACACCUCGCCCACUAGGCCGCUGGGCUGCGUACCGCGCUCCUCACUCGCUCGCCUCUUUCUCUCUCGCUCCCUCUCCGGCCGCCGGGCGGGCGCCGGAGACCCCGCGGGGGCUGAGGCUUGGCAAGCGGGCGGUGAGGGCCCGGCUGCGGCCUCCUCGCCAUGUCCUCGGCCGGCGACAUCAGCGCCCACUUCCCUUUGCACCUCCUAGUCUGGAACAACGAUUACCGGCAGCUGGAGAAGGAGCUGCGGGGCCAGAAUGUGGAGGCUGUGGAUCCCCGAGGCCGGACCUUAUUGCAUCUUGCUGUGUCUUUGGGACACUUGGAAUCAGCUAGAGUCUUGCUCCGACAUAAAGCAGAUGUUACCAAAGAAAAUCGCGAGGGGUGGACAGUUUUGCACGAGGCGGUGAGCACCGGGGACCCCGAGAUGGUGCACACGGUCCUGCAGCACCGAGACUACCACCACACGUCCACAGCCCUCGAGGCGGUGCCCGAGCUGCUCCAGAAGAUUCUGGAGACUCCGGAUUUUUAUGUGCAGAUGAAAUGGGAGUUCACCAGCUGGGUGCCCUUGGUUUCCAGGAUAUGCCCCAACGACGUCUGCCGCAUCUGGAAGAGCGGCGCCAAGCUGCGCGUGGACAUCACGUUGCUGGGCUUCGAGAACAUGAGCUGGAUCCGAGGGCGGCGCAGCUUCAUAUUCAAGGGGGAAGACAACUGGGCGGAGUUGAUGGAAGUCAACCAUGAUGACAAAGUGGUCACCACGGAACACUUUGACCUUUCCCAGGAAAUGGAGCGCCUCACUCUGGACCUGAUGAAGCCAACAGGCAGGGAAGUUGAGAGGCGGCUCACAAGCCCAGUCAUUAACACCAGCCUCGAUACUAAAAAUAUCGCUUUUGAAAGAACUAAAUCCGGAUUCUGGGGCUGGAGGACAGAUAAAGCAGAAGUUGUUAAUGGUUACGAAGCAAAGGUUUACACAGUAAAUAAUGUGAGUGUGAUAACCAAAAUACGGACCGAACAUCUGACCGAGGAAGAAAAAAAGAGAUACAAAGCGGACAGGAACCCACUGGAAUCUUUGCUGGGAACUGUGGAACACCAGUUUGGUGCUCAAGGGGACCUCACCACAGAGCGUGCCACGGCAAACAACCCUACGGCCAUCACGCCCGAUGAGUACUUCAACGCAGAGUUUGACCUGAGGGACAGGGACAUCGGGAGGCCGAAAGAGCUGACGAUCCGCACGCAGAAGUUCAAAGCCACGCUGUGGAUGUGUGAGGAGUUUCCUCUGUCCCUCGUGGAGCAGGUCAUCCCCAUCAUCGACCUGAUGGCCAGGACUAGUGCUCAUUUUGCAAGGCUGAGAGAUUUCAUCAAAUUGGAGUUCCCUCCUGGAUUUCCUGUCAAAAUAGAAAUUCCCUUGUUUCACGUCUUGAAUGCGCGGAUUACGUUUGGAAACGUCAAUGGCUGCAGCACCGCUGAAGAAACUGCGUCUCAGAAUGUAGAUGGGACCACGGCCAAUUCAGCUUCCCCCACUGCAGACUUCGAGGUCGAUCAGUCCGUGUUUGAAAUUCCUGAGUCUUACCACGUUCAGGACAACGGCAAGAACGUGCACCUGCAGGACGAAGACUACGACAUCAUGCAGUUCGCCAUCCAGCAGAGCCUGCUGGAGUCCAGCAGGAGUCAGGACCUUUCAGGAUCAGCUUCGAAUGGAGGAAUCAGCCAGACACACAUGUACGACGCCCAGUAUGAGAGGGCCAUCCAGGAAAGCCUCCUCACCAGCUCCGAAGGCCUAUGCCCUAGUGCCUCAAGUGAGAAAAGCCACUUUGAUAGCGACUUGCAGCUGGCCAUGGAGCUCUCUGCCAAAGAGCUGGAGGAGCGGGAGCUCCGCCUCCGGGAAGAGGAGGCGGAGCUUCAGCAAGUCUUACAGCUGUCUCUCACUGAGAAAUAGACCUUUCUGCCCAAGGGCUGCACAAAGCAGGGGCUCCGGGCUGCACGCAUGGGUGCUACAAUGCCAGGACCCUGAGGCUGAGAGGCUGCACCUCUCCCGUGCACAGCAGAUGGCAGCUGUCCCCUUCUUUAUGCAGAGGUGCAGGACCAGGCACUCCCUGGUCCGUCCGUAACACUCCCCCGUGAAGGGGCUGGGGAUGGGCAGGCCACAUCCCCAGGCUAAGGGGAGGAGAGCCUUGUCACUUUCCAUGAGCUAUAUUGGCUUGCAGGUCACAUUUUUUCUACCAGCUUUAGAUGAAUACCCCAACCCCCCCGCAGGUCUGUAUGUUCAUCUUUACCAAGGAGUGAUAACAAAACCAGUUAUUGCAGAGUCAGGGUGCUUUUAUACAGGAGAGCAGCAGCCUUCGUAGAGUGUGGUUUGUGAGAAUUUUUGGUACUUCUCUACAGUUCUCCAAAGAAACGGACAGCCUGUGCCGAUCUGCUCUUUUGUUUUUGCCUUUGUGUACAGGGUUCCUAGGACACCAUCUCUGUUCCUCUCGCAUCUUCACCUUGUGCCAUUCCGUCCCUCCCCAGCUAGCUUCCAGGAGGAGAGGUGCACAGGAUCCCUUAGAUUAGGGUUGCCUCUCUGCAUCAAAUUAAGAUACACUAGUGACCACGGAUGUUGCCUUAGCCUUAAAACUUACUAAUAAUUUCCAACCACCUCACUUCACUUACUGAGGGGUCUGAUUUGAAUCCGUCAAGUUCCUUUGAGAGCAGGAUCCUCCCAGGCCAAAUCCAAGGCAGCUUAACCCUGGCCCCGAAGGAACAGCUAGGAGAACCUGAGCUGCAAGCGAGCAGGCUGGCCAAACUAGCAGAUAGCACAGAACCAAACCAGCGUGUGUGUGUUCCACGCCCUCUCUGCUGCGGGAUCCCCAUGCAGAGGUCCAGGAAGCCCCUCCGAGCACGCGCCCUCGGCUCGCUUGAGAAGAAGGGGUGGAAGUCGGAAAGGGAGCUGCAAAUGGAACCCAAUGGCUCUGCAUUCAAAAGGGAAAGUGAUGAUUCCAUGUUGCUUUUUAGAGUUCAACAUCUUUCUGGAUAAAUAUAUUUUUUAACAGAAUCUUUUUAUUAUUUUUAAGAGAGAGAAAAACUAUACCCAUCAGUAGCAAUACAAGGUUAUACAUUUUAACCAGAUUUUCUCAGGCCUUUUUUGGAUACCUUUAAUAAUUAACUAUUUUGUCUAACCCUUCUGUAAAUAACUGUCGCAGGACAUACAGAACCCUGGAGAAUACAGCCAGCCGGCUCUGUGUAUUCAUUCCCACAGGCUGCACUGAAAUACCCUGGUAAACAAUAUCCUCCUCUGUUUCACGUCCGUUUCCUAUCUGUUGGGCUUCUUUUGGGAGGGGAAGAGAAACAAAGCUACUGUUCCAGUUAACAUCUGUAUUACACAGUUAGCAUUGCCAGUGAAAUGUUCCUAGCCAAAAAGAAAUGUGCUUUAAAAAAAAAAGGAUUUUAUUUAUUUAUUUUUAGAGAGAAGGGAAGGGAGAGGGAAAAAAGAGAAACAUCGAUCAGUUGCCUGUUGUAGGUGCCCCAACCUGGGACAGAACCAGCAACCUAGGCAUGUGCCCUGACCAGGAAUCGAACCAGCGACCUUUUGCUUUGCCAGCGACGUCCCACCAACUGAGCCACACGGGUCAGGGCAAGAAGUGUGCUUUCGAUUCUAUGUAACCGUCUGUCUCUUUUGUCAUGGUCUGAUCCAAAUUCCUUCUCUGCACACCAGGCCAGUAUAUGCAGCAUCACAUUUGUUUCAAAUAUAUACCUUGGCAUUUUGUUUACUUAGUAUUUACCUUGAGUGAGGACACUUCUUGGGAAUGGCUGCAGUUAGGUCACAUUGUUUACUAAGGUGAACCAUAGGUAUUCUCUCAUUUGCAUUCCAUUGUUCUGCUUCCUGAUGACUUUGUCCCAGGAAGUCCAUUAAAAAGGUACUGAGCUUUUCGUCAGCCUGUCUGCAGCAUUUUUCAUGUGUGUUCACUCUCCUUUAAAAUGCAAAUAAAGACUGCUUCCUUAGAGGACGCUCAUACGGUGUAUCCUA